UUUAAAGUGACAUUUGAUUCGCUGUUCAAGGUAUGGUGAUGUUUAUGUGUUUUUGUGUUACAUCUGUGGUUACAGUUGACUCAAAAAACGCAAAAAAUGGAUGAGAACAUACCCCCAUUUAGUGGGGAUUUUAAUCUAAAUGAGUUACAAGGUAUAGACGAUAUCCUAACAAACUGCGAAAACGAAUUGAUGAAGAGCAAUGAGCUGUUCCCAGAAGAUGCCCUAUUUUCCCAGCUUGACCCUCUCUUACCCAUGGACGAUGUCAGCUUCGAUUUGGGAAAUAUCAGCGAAACUACGUUUCUGGACCCUCAGACCCUCUCACCUCUCAAGCAGCAAAAUCCUGUGUUCAACUCCCAGAAUUUUCAAUCAAAUCAGUUUGCAAACGCCCAAAACCGGCAAGCUUUCACAACAUUGAACAAGCCAGACGUGCAGCACGUCCAAAAUCCAACUGCUGUUAUCAUUUCCCAAUCACAGCCUCUUGUUUACUCCAGUUUACCAAUCCAGCAAAACAAUCAGCAACAUAUAAUCCUACAACCAAAUCCCAAAUCCGAACAAAUCACGAAAACGCAGCCUGUUAUUGUACAAAACCUAAACCAAAUCCCUUCUGAUAAAAUGCAACAGCUGUUGCUCCAAGCGAAAAUUGUUAAAACUAAUCCCCAACCUACUGUCAUGUACGCUACUACAGCCGCUUCACCUCAACCUUCUUUGCAUACUUUGGUGAAUAGCGGCACUCAGAUUUUGACCACUGGAAUCCCUUUGGUCCUAGACACUGAGAAUAAAGUUCCCAUCAAUAGGAUUCCUCAAGGGACUGGGAAGGAGCCCAAGGUUAAAGAGGUGAAGAGGAGUGCUCAUAAUGCUAUCGAGAGGAAGUACAGGACCAGCAUUAAUGAUAAGAUUGUCGAAUUGAAAAAUAUCGUCGUGGGGACUGAAGCAAAGUUAAACAAAUCCGGAAUUUUGAAGAAAACAAUCGAAUACAUCCGCUUUUUACAAAACUCAAACACACGUCUGAAACAAGAAAACAUGGCUCUGAAAAUGGCCGCUCGUCAAAACACUCUCAAAGAUUUGCUAACGACGGGCAAAAAUAUGGAAUAUCCCCCUCAAGACACUCCUCCCCAUUCGGACAUUUCGUCCUCAUCACCCGACCACUCCUUACCAUCAAGUCCCGAGUGUUCGACAUUUAUUAAGGAUGAGAGUGACGAAGAGACCGUUGGGAUUUCCAAAGGUCUUUUGGACCAAACCCGAAUUACAAUGUUCAUGUUUAUGUUGGCGGUCAUUUCCUUUAAUCCUUUUGGUAUCGUCCUGAAACAGUUUGCUUCCUCAGAUCAGGAGGUGUCAAGUGUUGGACGAAAUAUUUUGUCGUCAGGUGACGGCCAAACGCCGUUUUCGUUUGGUUCCUCGUUGAUGCUUUGGUUCAUAAAUCUGAUGGUUUUGGGUUUUUGCUUGGCCAAAAUGUUUGUUUACGGCGACCCUGUUAUUCCGAGUAGUUCAAAGGAGGCGCAGAAAUUCUGGCGCCAUCGAAGACAGGCCGAUAUUUGUAUCAAAGCGGGUGAUAAACUCGAAGCAAAGCAGGAACUUCGGAGGUGUCUCCAAACUUUCGGUAUAACAUUAGCAACGAGUCGUUUCGAACUCGUGUUGUCGCUGUGCUGGCAAGUGUUCCGUCAAGUUAUGCACCGGUUAUGGAUCGGGCGGUGGUUGUCUAGACACGUCGGAGGUUUUUUCGUCGACGGAGCCACGCGAUACGAAGCUCUGACUUCCUGCCGCGAACUUUCUUUGGUUUAUCACGACUUACAUCAGCUCCAAUUGGUGGAUGGGCCGGAAGAGACUUGUCAUCUCCUCGGCUUGACAACUGCAUUAAGUGCACUGAACUUGGCCGAAGCGGCGAAACCCAAAAUGAAGUCGGUUCAAAUGAUCGACAUUUACGUCGCCUUGGCUUUGAGGAUUAAAGCCUCGUGUUUGAAUAUUUUACAAGGGAUCCAGAGAUAUUACCUAGGUCUGGCGAAGUUAGCAUCGACCAAUUCUUGCGAUCCGAUUCCGCCGAGGUUGCAGUGGCUGUUGACUCCUCACGGGUUCAAGUUUUUCCUUUCGCAGAGGUUUCUCUACGAUGCCAAAGCCACGAAUUUGCCUUUUAGUUGUAUUGGCAACGUUUCCGAUCCCUUGUCCUUCGCUAUGAAGUCGUAUAGAGAACAUUUACUGGAAACUGCACUACAAACUUUAACGACUCCCGGUAAUAAAAAUGACGUAUAUGAAGACAAAAAGACGGACAUUACGGACGUGUCAACUUACGUCCAUUUGUUGCUUGAAAAUGUUGCCACCGAUGUACACACAGUUUUUAAUUCGAGUCAGGCGCACAGUAAUUGUGACGAAAUAGCCCACUGGUGGACUUCAGUCGUCGAUGUGGCCUCUCAUUGGCUCCUUGGAGAGGAGAACAUCGAUGAUGUGUAUAAAAAAGUUGAAAAUAUACCAGAAUCAUUGUUACAUCUCGAAAAUCCGCUUCCUAAAGCCGUGAUUGGCGCCUUUGUGGCUAGGAAAAAUUAUCUUACUGCUGGAUCGAGUGUUUCGCAUAAGAAAAUUCUGAAGCAGUGUGAUCACGCCAGUCAGUUGUUAACCGACAGUCUGACCUAUUCCAGCUGCAAAUCACAGGAUAAUUUGAUUUUGUUGUGUCAACUGCUGGUGUGCGACUGGAUCCUUGAAACCAGAACGUCCCUUUGGGAGGACUCAGUUGAGGCAUCAACAACGCCGAUCCCAGUCCCUAACAAUGUCCUAACGGCGUUCCAAAAAGAUUUAUCUUCAUUGCGAACCCUAGCCCAAAAUAUUCCCAGCGCGUUGCCUCGGGUCUUUCUGUACGAAGCUACCGCCCGCUUGAUGGCGGGUGCAGCCCCAGGCCGCACUCAGCAGCUCCUCGAUCGCAGUUUGCGACAGCGUCACGCUCGUUCGUCGAUGAUUUGCGGCAAAGGCGAUAAAAACCAACAGGAUGUUGGAGGAGAGCGCCAACACGCGACGGCUUUGUAUAUGGCUUGCAAACAUUUGCCCGGUCAAUUGAUGUCAUCGCCUGGAGAAAGGGCCGGAAUGUUGGUCGAAGCAGCGAAAACUAUGGAACGAAUCGGCGAUAAAAAGAAACUGCAGGAAUGCUAUAAGCUGAUGAAGACACUCGGUGCCAACUCGGCCACGAAUUAGCGUAGUUAAUUUUUAUAGCGGGCGUAAAACGUGAUGUUUAUGUCGGGUUUUGAUUUUAAUUAUUUGAUGUGACAAUAUUUAUUUUGUACAAAUUCUUUUUAAUAAAUAGUGUGUGAGAA